AUGUGUCCGGUGCCUGGACCAUUACCACAUCUGCUUCUGGAGCAAGACCAGGUGGAGCCACACCAGGUGGAGCCAGACCAGGUAGAGCCACACCAGGUGGAGCCACACCAGGUGGAGCCAGACCAGGUAGAGCCACACCAGGUGGAGCCACACCAGGUAGAGCCACACCAGGUGGAGCCACACCAGGUGGAGCCACACCAGGUGGAGCCAGACCAGGUAGAGCCACACCAGGUGGAGCCACACCAGGUGGAACCACAGGUGAGGGUUUAG